GAGUCUCUCAGCUGAUUGGUCGAGCCUGUGGUUGUCUUCCCGCCUCUGCCGGUUGAGCCCUCCUUUCUCUCUCGAGCCUCCCAGAAGCGUCCAUUGUGUGAAGAUGUUCGGCCAACAGGUUUUAGUUCUCAACCAGAACAUAAAGAGAGAGUCGGGACGUAAAGUCCAGACCGGAAACAUCAGCGCUGCAAAGACCAUUGCAGAUGUGAUCAGGACCUGCCUCGGCCCGCGGGCCAUGAUGAAGAUGUUGCUCGACCCCAUGGGAGGAAUUGUGAUGACCAACGAUGGAAACGCCAUCCUCAGAGAGAUUCAAGUUCAGCAUCCUGCAGCCAAGUCGAUGAUCGAGAUCAGCCGCACACAGGAUGAAGAGGUUGGAGAUGGGACCACAUCAGUCAUCAUACUGGCCGGGGAGAUGCUGUCUGUAGCCGAGCAGUUUCUGGAGCAGCAGAUGCAUCCGACCGUCAUCAUCAGUGCCUACAGACAGGCUCUGGAAGACAUGCUGGACACUCUGAAGGAGAUCAGCACCCCCGUGGACACGUCGGACCGCUCCAUGAUGCUGAAGAUCGUCCACUCCGCCAUCAACACCAAAGCUCUGAGCCGCUGGUCCGAGCUGGCCUGCAGCAUCGCACUGGACGCCGUCCGCACAGUGGAGCUGGAGGAGAACGGACGCAAAGAGAUCGACAUCAAGAAGUACGCCAAAGUGGAGAAGGUUCCAGGUGGGUUCAUCGAGGACUCGUAUGUGCUGAAAGGAGUGAUGGUGAACAAAGACGUGACUCACCCGAGGAUGAGACGCUUGAUCAAAGAGCCACGAAUCGUCCUGUUGGACUGUUCUCUGGAGUACAAGAAGGGAGAGAGCCAGACGGACAUAGAGAUCAGUAAGGAGGAGGACUUUGCCCGGAUCCUGCAGAUGGAGGAAGAGUACAUCCAGCAGAUCUGUGAGGACAUCAUCCGCCUCAAACCAGACCUGGUCUUCACUGAGAAAGGGGUCUCAGAUCUGGCUCAGCACUACCUGAUGAAGGCAAACAUCACCGCCAUCCGCCGCGUCAGGAAGUCCGACAACAACCGUAUCGCCAGGGCGUGUGGGGCUCGUAUCGCCAGUCGGACUGACGAGCUGCGUGAGGAAGACGUCGGUACGGGAGCGGGGCUGUUUGAGGUGAAGAAGAUCGGUGACGAGUAUUUCACCUUUGUCACCGAGUGCAAAGACCCUAAAGCCUGCACCAUCCUGCUGAGAGGGGCCAGCAAGGAGAUCCUGGCUGAGGUGGAGAGGAACCUGCAGGACGCCAUGCAGGUGUGCCGUAACGUGCUGCUGGAACCGCUGCUGCUGCUGGGGGGCGGAGCCGUGGAGAUGGCGGUGUCAAAGCGUCUGAUGGAACGUUCCCGUGCUCUGACUGGCGUCGAACAGUGGCCGUACCGCGCUGUGGCCCAAGCCCUGGAGGUCAUCCCCCGAACCCUGAUCCAGAACUGUGGAGCCUCCACCAUCAGAGUGCUGACGUCACUGAGGGCCAAGCACACCCAGGACAACGGUGUGUGUUGGGGUGUGGACGGUGAGACCGGCUGUCUGUCUGAUAUGUCGGCUCUGGGGAUCUGGGAGCCGCUGGCUGUUAAAGCUCAGACCUACAAGACCGCAGUGGAGACGGCCAUCUUGUUGCUGCGUAUCGAUGACAUCGUCUCCGGUCACAAGAAGAAAGACAAAGAUGGUCAGACGGGAGGACAGGGAGCCGAGUAGAUCCACGUGGAUCCAGAUCAGAGUCACUCCUUCAGUCUGUGUGUGUGUGUGUGUGUGUGUGUGUGUGUGUGUGUGUGUGUGUGUGUGUGUGGGACCAGACGACUCACUGAAUUAUCCGUCAAUAAGUUAAAGUUGGAAACCUCUUCCUGUUUUCAUUGUGACAGCGUGAAGAUCGUUCAAAGAUCAAUAAAGUUUGUCAUUGAUCAAUCAGA